CGGCGAGACAGAGUACAGCAUCGGGAUGAUUUGCUGCCAUCGCCCAUUUCAUCCGGACCCGAAUCAUCGGAUGGGAAUGACGAGGCACAGAACGAAAACGAGGAGGUCAUUCAUAACCUACAUUGUUUGCUUUCAGCGUUUAAUUCUGGUUCGUAGCGCACAUCCCCCUCCCCCUCUCUCCAUUCCUACUCCAUUCAGGGGAUGGGGAGGGGAAGCGAAAGGAAGGGAAAUAGUUCUGAUGAUGUUUAUGAAACAGUGACAAUUUGUACUACUGGGGCUUGCUGCGUAUCGGUGCUCUCGGAUGUCGACAGAAGCGAUCCAAUUCCUACGCUUGUCUUAUUAGAUAUUCCGUGGCAACCUCAACCGGAGGAGGACAUCGUCGGUCAUGAAGGGAGGCAUGAUUCCGGGAUUGCUGCUGACAUGCUUUACGGGCUCCCCCUCCUGAAGUUUAUCUGCAAUGAGGUUGACGCCUUGCGUAUGUCGAGUUUGGUUGUUCCGGUUGCCUUCUUGACCAAUCGAGAGUUUGCCGCCAAUGGGGCUUCGCCAAACCAAACCUACUGGUCAACCAUUGAUAGGGAACGAUGCUGCGAAGAGCGGGAGCUAAAGUGUAUUGAUAACGGUGCCGUUGACGUACUGACCAGCCCGAUUCCGAAGGAGAAGGCUAAGGUAAUGUAUCUGCAUUGUUAUCGUGCUAGGAAGAAUGUGCAAAAGUCACGGAGGAUUUCGUGGGUUGGACUUGAUGAGCAAAAACCCGUGCGGGAAGCGAGCGACUAUGCUUACUUGAGGGAAAAGAUGUUUGUUGAAUGCCUUUUCCGUGGUAUUUGCGAAACUGGGCGGCUAAUGGUCUUAGGGUUUCGGAAUUGAUGACGGACAUCUGCAAGCCCAAGAGGACAAAGUUGUUUUCGCGUGGGAGGUAUGUUUUUUUUGUUGCGGUCUGUCUGUGCGGGGCCCAUUAGCUGAUCGUGUCAGCAGCCAUAUGCGUAUUUCUUCUGGCAGCAUGGAAAAGAUCAAGCGUGCCAUUGGCAGCUGGAACUUUUCUGCUCACGAUUUUAGUGAUGAAGAACUUGUGCAUUGCGCCAAGUUAAUACUGGAGCAUGCUUUAGAAAUGCCGGGGGUCGAGGCUUAUCGGAUCUCGUCAGGUAUGAUCAGAAACUCCGUAUGUUCCCACGGGAUUGGGGUUUAAUUGGUGGAAUAGAUCUCAUUGUGGACUUCUUGACCGCGAGCCGGGCUGCAUAUAAUCCAAAGAUACCUUACCACAAUUUUAGGCACGUCGUGGAUGUUCUACAGGCUGUCUUCUAUUUCCUGUUACAAUUGAGGGUGUUGCCACCAUACGUUUCGGACGAGUCUAUAGAGCUGAAGCCACCGCCAGCGAAGAGUCUGAGCAACCUGCUCACCCCUUUAGAUGCGCUCACUCUUCUGGUGGUUGCUAUUGGCCACGAUGUCGGUCACCCUGGGGUGAACAAUGCCUUCCUGGUCACACUGAAAGCACCGCUUGCCCAAGUGUAUAAUGACCGUUCUGUUUUGGAAUCCUUCCAUUGCGCUGCCUUUUCCCAGGUGUUGCGGAGGUAUUGGCCAAAGACUGUAGAGCUUAGGAGAUCGAUGAUAGAUAUGAUAUUAGCCACGGAUAUGGGGCUGCACUUCGACUAUAUGGGGCGGCUGGACGAGAUGAAGGCGGAGGUUCUGAAGGAUGGUGGGAUGGACUCGUUGAAAGACAAGGCGGUUUCGGAUUAUAGGACCCUCGUCUGCGCCCUACUGAUCAAGUGUGCUGACAUCAGUAAUGUGGUCCGUUGCCCGGAAUUCCCUUUUUAGCGAGAUACGUGGGACACUAACUAUUUGCAGGCACGAACACAUGAGUGCUCUUCUCAAUGGGCUAAAAUUCUGAUUGAGGAGUUUGCCCGCCAGGCCACCAUGGAGAGCGAUCUUGGGAUACCAUCGUCACUGGUCGCUCCGCCUGUUACCGGGUCUGUUCUUGCCCUUGCAAAAUCGCAGGUGGGAUUUAUGACUUUGUUUGCUCUGCCCUUAUUUGUUUCCUUGAGCGAAGUUAUGCCAGAAAUGCAAUUCAGUGUGGAUGUCUUGACAGAAAACAAGGCGAUGUGGCAAGCAGAGAUCGAAAGAAUCACCACAACAUCGGAUGGAGCCGUGGAUAAGAUGCUCGGCAGCAGCAAUGGAUCGACGUCGGGAUCGAUACCGGCAAACGUUGGCAAUAGGCAGGGUGUUGAAGAUUUGGGGGACGGUCGGUUGGGUGCUAGCCACGGAACGCAUGUUCUAGGGCCAGUGGUGAUGGAGUCGUCUACCACUUUCCAAUCAUCAGGUAAUUCUGGUGAAGGUGGAAGUGAGGUGCGCUUGAAUGGUAAUUCCCACCAAUCUAGCCUUGGCUCGUCACGAAUUGAUUCACCACCAAGGUCAGUUCUGGCUCUUGAACCAGGCGUUCAAGCGUCGGCUGAACAACCUACGGUCACGGUUGUGGUGACGCAACCGAAGGCGCUCUCGCCCAACCCGCAUGCGCUCCUCGACGAGAAGAGGCCUACACACCAGCAUUCAUCCGAACAUCUUGGCGCCCAGGAACCACCUGAACAGGACAUCCCCGAUCGCCCCAGGUCGAGCCCGCCGGAUUUGGGCGAUCACUCGAGUGAGCACUCAUGCCCGAAAGGGUGCUGCGAACCGGCAACCGUGGUGUCGACAAACACUAUACAGCGCCGUCCGUCCAGCUUUUUCAAGAGAGUCAAGUUAUGGAAGAGUUGGCGGAAGGAAACAGGUGAAGCA